UUCAUUAUGAAAAUAUAAGUAGGCUUAUGUAUGACAAGCCUGUGUGACGAAUGUAUCGACGAGUGUGAUAAAUUAUCUUUUCACACAUUUUGACACGAUGACGAUGAAAGUAUAAAAUCUUCCUUGGAUUUGCGAGGAUACGUUGGAACUCCCAACACGUCCUCCCAUUACAGAGGAGAAAAAUCCUCUGAACUCGGUCACAUUAAGGUUUGCCAGGAAGACCAAAGCUUUCUAUUACGAGAGAGCAGCUAGUCAUGUUUCAUGACCUUGGAUACACAGCAUCAAAAAUGGCAUCCCUCUUUGAAUGUUCAAAGUCUUUGAUUUAUAAGCGUCUUCAUUCAGAGGGAAUUUACCAGUCCAGACGAUAUGCCAAUAUCGAGAAUACAGAAAUUGAUGCUGAAGUUUCAAAGAUCCAUAAACGCCAUCCCAAUGCUGGAUCACAAAUGAUGGCUGGAUAUCUUGAAGGAAAAGGCAUAUGUGUGCAACGUAGAAGGGUGCGUGAAUCUUUAAGUCGAAUAGAUCCUUCAGGGGAAAGGAUGAGUAGGUCAAUCGCUAGAAGACAAUAUCGUGUCAGUGGACCAAAUUCCCUAUGGCACAUUGAUGGCCAUAUGAAGCUGAUAAGAUGGGGUAUUGUCACCCACGGUGGAAUUGACGGGUUCUCAAGACUGGUGUUAUACUUGUCGUGUAGCAACAAUAACAAGUCAUUGACAGUUCUGGAAAAGUUUGUUGUUGCUUGCAAGCAAUAUGGUGUGCCUGGAAAAGUAAGAUGUGACCAUGGACGUGAACAUAUCGACAUUGGCAUGUUUAUGAAUAUUGUCAAUGGAUUGUAUGCAAACAGUUUCCUGACUGGACGCUCAGUCCAUAACCAAAGAAUAGAACGCCUCUGGAGGGAUGUGUUUGAACAAGUCAUAGAUUUGUUCUAUCAGCUGUUCUACAGUAUGGAGGAUGAAGGGGAACUGGACAUAAACAGUCCCACCCACAUGUAUGCAUUACAAUUCUGUUUCCUCCCAAUCAUCAAUGAUCACUUGGAGGAGUUUAGGCAAGGGUGGAAUAAACAUAAAAUGAGAACAAUGCACAACAAAUCACCACAACAGGCUUGGAUUGAUGGAGUGUUUACUAAUUUAAAUUCUUCCUCAUUAACAAUUUCGAACAUAUUUUGUCCAACUCCAAUACAGGUAUCUCUCCAGGACUCACUACAGGAGUUAGGUGUGGACAUUGAUGUCUCAUCAUAUGAAGUGGCGGGAAGUGUGUUCAGCGAAGAUCAAAAUCAAAUAUUACAAGAUGCUGUAAAUACUGAAGAUGACUAUCGUCAAAAAUUUAUCCUGUGUAAAAACAUUCUUGGCAGACUUUCGAAUGUGCAGCUUCAUGCAGUAACCAAUGAAGACAUCAGACCUGAUUCAGUGAUAUGACGGAAGCUAUAUGCCAAAAUAUUUCAUAUGAAAUGUAUACAGAAACAGUUUUCAUGUUCUUGUUUUAAUCUUCUUACUGUUGGCAACACAAACUACACCUCAACUGGUUUGAUGUGAAAGUAUUUUUAAAGACCAAUAAUUGAUUCAAGUUACCUUUUCUCCUGGUUAUAAUGGAUAAAUAUCAAUCAAAGUGUGUAAAAGUGUAAAAAUUUAGAUUUUUCAAACCUAAGGCUUUUGAACCAUCAAGCUACAUGUAAUUGUUGAAACUUCAUAUUUGAGCACCACAUAUUGUAAUUGUUCAAUGCACAGGUCACUGUCACUAAAAAUAUCAUUUGAUCAUUUUUUUCCUGAUAUUUUGUUAAAACAUUAUGAAGCA